UCUUCAAAGCCUGGAACAUAUGUUUGGCUCAGUUGACCCCUUUAGGAUGGCGGAAUUUAAUGGCCUACGCCUGGGUUGUCCGUUAUAAGGGUUUUCCGGAAACCUUGAACCUCUUCCGAAAGCUCCACUGGAUUAAGGAAGAUGGCUCCGCCAAGGGUAAAGGGGCCGGGAAGAAGAGGAAGUCCCGUGACGACGAGCUUGAGGGUCGUGGCGGAUGGAUGUCGAUAUACACGAAAGCAGGUAAGCUAACGGUUUACCCCAAACCUAGCUCCCUCAAGCUCUGGAGAGGCCGAUUCUUCUGGGUGCGUGUUCCUGACGACUUUCCUUUAAGACGUCAAUGGACUAAGCCCCGUUCUCGCAUGGAACAUAUCAGGGAUAGGGGUUUAACCCGCCGGGAACGUGUGGCCUUUGACUACUUUGCGUCGGACUCUAUCCCGGCUUUGAGAGGCAAGAAGAGGGUACCGGUCCCCAAGUAUUGGCUUCCCCAUACCAACUAUAUUUUUACUAACCCGGCUUUGUCGGCCUUAGGUUUCUGCCGGGCUGACCCAUACGGUGUGUUUUGUUUUUGCUUUUAUUGCUAUAUUUCUGCUUUAAUUUCUGUUUUCUGACCGUUAUCUCGUCUUCUUUGUAGGCAAGGAUUUCCUGAUCCGUGAAGCCCUUCACGUCGACAGAUCCUACCGGCCAUUAAGCAAUAUGCCUCCUAAACCUGCAAGCAAGUACGUCCCCAUACAAAUGCCGGCUGGUGGCGGUCGUGGAGGCCGCGGCGGUCGAGGAUCCGGCCGGAAGUCCGGUGCCGAGGACGACGUCAGGGAUACUAUCCCCUGCAGCGUCGUCAGGCGGAGGUCUUAGCCCGGAAAAGGAAACCGGAACAGACCUCUGUGGCCGAGCCGGCGGCCAAAAGGGUGGCCUCAAAGACCGGCAAGGAUAAGGAGGCUCCUGCUCCUAACGCUCCUCCUCUUCUUUCCGGUCGUGUGGCCGAGGUGGGCACCUCCUCUUUGAGGCCCAAGAUAUAUAAACAGCUUACUCUACCGGACAUGGUUCCCGGUCUUGAGCCCUUCGCCAAGCCCAGAAAGCAAGGCUAUCUGGAGCGAGAUCGGAUGGAGAUGCCGGAUCUCUUGAAGAGGCGCUGGGCUCUUCUCCGGUGAAGAACGGCGAGAAGUUCGAUCCAAAGAUGACCGUUUUGGACGACGAAUCGCUGCUCUUGGACCGUCCUCUUGAGGGCGGGAACCUGGGGUAUCGUAUUUUGAAAGCUACACAGCUUAAAUACGAUAUUCCGGUGGACGAGGUUUAUACGCUUGCCGCCUCGCAUGCGCAUAACUUGGCCCUGUCUGCCCAGUCCGGUAAGGAGCUCUGCGACUUCUAUCGGUACUUUCAGACUUCUUACUUCAACGAAGUUAAGGUGAGUAAGGAGCUGAAAGGUAGGAUGGCCGUUAAGGAGCAAGAGCUGCUUGCGGCAAUUACCGAGAAGAAUGACGCGCUGGCCGCGGAGAGCAAGGCCGAUGCCGCCCUUACUAAGGCGGUGGAAGAUCACUCCCUUGUUCUGUUUAACAAGGAUGAGGAGAUUAGGCUUCUCCGGGAGCAAAUUGCUGAGGCCAGAGAGCUGGAGCGCGCCACCGUUAAGGAGUACCAGAAGGGUAUGGACUUCGUGAGCCGUUUACUCAACCGGUAUAACGGUGGCUGGUCUGCGGCGAUGAGAUGCGUUCGUCACACCUUCCCGGAGCUUGACUGGUCCAAGAUCGAGGAGGCGCAUACCAACCUCGUCCAUGGCCUACCAGUUGAGGGUGAGGACCUGGAUCCCGGUGUGACUGAAGCUGAUAUUGCCAAUGCCGACCCCAGGAUUGAGUUUGAGGAGGAGCAGGAGGCCGCCAACGAUGUCGCUGACACUCCCAACCCUGAUGCCGAUCCUACUGUGGAGGAGACGGUGGUUGUCGUUGACGGCUCUGAGGGGGAAGAGCAGACCAAGUAGACUCUCAGCCUUCCGCCCUGCCCUUCUUGUAUUGGGUAACUUUGUGGGUGGUGUGCUUUAUGCGACCAUACCGUAUUUUUCCUUGGGCAGCCAAACUAUCUCUACCGUUCUGUAAAUCCGUUCGCUGUGAUCGGCCUUUUGCUUUUGUUUUGGCGGUCAUACCGCAUGUGGUUGACUGCUUAGCUUUAGGGCUGUAAUUUUUCAUUGAUUAAUGAAGUAUAGCUUUUUGAUGGA